CCGCGUGGGCUCGGCGAUCCCUCAGAGGCUGCCGUAGGACUUAGCGAGUGAGGUCCGCGGUAGGUGGGUGCUUCAUCGUGGUCCAGCCCCACGUUUAGGGGGAAGAGCUUACAUCAUCGCAGGGGUAGACUUGCUGGAGAAAUUAUUUGGCCUCGAUUUUUCCAGUGGUGCACAGUGAGUGAAUGGUGAGCUCUGUCUGGUCAGCACGUAAUUUCUCCUAGUGCAGGUCGCUGGGUUAUGCAAGUCACCUGGGCCCAGGAAAUAAAACUUGCCGAAUAAUUCCCCAUCAGCACCAGUAGAGGAAUCUUUUCAUUAACCCCCACAGUGUAUCAGAUCCAUAACCGGCAACGCUGAUGCAGUUGUGAGAACUGGGAGUUCCUUCUAGACUGUAUGAAAGGUGGAGUCCAAUGAUGAGAGCCUCCUGGAUUUGAGGUUUGCUUCCAUUCGGAAUAGAGUCCAGGCCUGGAGUCAGCUGGAAAUAGUGCUGCCGUGGAGCCCGCAAUCCGUGGAAGGGAAUCUUUCUAGUCCAUAAUUUGAUCUCGAACGGAAAGGUCCGUAUAUGACGUGACACACAUUUACGAGGCUGGAUAAAAUUCGAAAUGGUCGCUCCAGCCAGCAAAACUUAAUCCAUCCAAUCUCCUUACUCCCCAAGAGCUUGUGGGCCCAGGAAGCGUAGAGUGUUUAUUCAAACUAAACAAGGCAAGCUGCCAUCCCUGUCGACACUUCGUCCUGCCUGGUGUGCAUGAAAGUUCCUCAUACAAAAAACGAUUCUCUGAGAGGAGGAUUAGGAAUGGAUAGAAUUCAAACCAGGGCGUUUUUCUGGUGACUGCUGGGGCCCCUACAGUCAUUUUACACCCUUCCUUUCCUUCUUGUUCUCCAGCUGUACAGGGAAGAUAAUAGGCCCAGGGAUUAAGUAACCAGGCUGAAGCAGCUUGGAGAUAACUGCAGAAGCUGGGUCACUCCAGGAUGAAACGUGAAGCUCUCUCCAUGACACAUUGAGCCUUGUGACAAGACCUGUUAAGUCCAUAGCAUCCUCGACUUGCUCAGGAGAUGCUCACGUAGGAGAGUGACAGGAGCUGUUGUGCAUGCCCCAGCACUGAACUGCCUUCUCAGGGACCCUGGCUCUGGGACUGGCUAUGGGAGAUUGGAUGACUGUUACAGAUCCAGUUCUGUGUACAGAAAACAAAAAUCUCUCUCAAUAUACCUCAGAAACAAAGAUGUCUCCAUCAAGUUUAUACUCGCAGCAAGUACUGUGCUCUGCAACACCUUUAUCCAAGAAUGUGCAUGGUGUUUUCAGUGCCUUCUGCACAGGAGAGAACAUCGAACAGAGUAUUUCGUAUCUUGAUCAGGAACUGACUACCUUCGGUUUCCCUUCCUUGUAUGAAGAAUCCAAAAGUAAGGAGACGAAGCGAGAGUUAAGUAUAGUUGCUCUUCUGAACUGCAUGAAUGAGCUGCUUGUGCUUCAGCGGAAGAACCUCCUGGCCCAGGAAAGCGUGGAGACACAGAAUCUGAAGCUGGGCAGUGACAUGGACCACCUGCAGAGCUGCUACGCCAAACUUAAGGAACAGUUGGAGGCCUCCAGGCGAGAGAUGAUCAGCCUUCAGGAGAGAGACAGACAGCUACAGUGCAAAAACAGGAAUUUGCAUCAGCUCCUGAAAAACGAGAAAGAAGAGGUACAAAAAUUACAAAAUAUCAUAGCCAGUCGGGCUACUCAGUAUAAUCAUGAUGUGAAGAGAAAGGAGCGGGAGUACAAUAAACUGAAGGAGCGUCUGCAUCAGCUUGUUAUGAACAAGAAGGAUAAAAAUAUAGCCAUGGACGUUUUAAAUUACGUGGGCCGAGUGGAUGGAAAGCGAGGCUCCUGGAGGACUGAUAAAACAGAAGCCAGGAAUGAAGAUGAAAUGUACAAAAUUCUGCUGAAUGAUUAUGAAUACCGCCAGAAGCAGAUCCUGCUGGAGAAUGCGGAGCUGAAGAAGGUCCUCCAGCAGAUGAAGAAGGAGAUGAUCUCUCUCCUUUCUCCUCAAAAGAAGAAACCCAGAGAAAGAGCAGAGGACAGCACGGGCACUGUUGUCAUCUCCGAUGUAGAAGAAGAUGCUGGGGAGCUGAACAGAGAUGGUGUGUGGAGCCUUUCCUGUGACACUGUCAGGGAGCAACUUACAAACAGCAUCAGGAAGCAGUGGAGAAUUCUGAAAAGCCAUGUAGAAAAACUUGAUAACCAAGCUUCAAAGGUGCACUCAGAGGGCUUUCAUGAAGAGGACGUCAUCUCACGACAAGACCAUGAGCAAGAGACUGAGAAGCUGGAGCUGGAGAUUGAGCGGUGUAAAGAGAUGAUCAAGGCUCAGCAGCAGCUCUUGCAGCAACAGCUGGCCACCGCGUGUGAUGACGACACCACCUCACUGCUGCGAGACUGUUACUUGCUUGAAGAAAAGGAGCGCCUUAAAGAAGAGUGGUCCCUUUUUAAAGAGCAAAAAAAGAACUUUGAGAGAGAAAGACGAAGCUUUACAGAAGCUGCUAUUCGCUUGGGGUUGGAGAGAAAGGCGUUUGAGGAAGAGCGAGCCAGCUGGGUGAAGCAGCAGUUUUUAAACAUGACGACCUUUGAUCACCAGAACUCAGAAAAUGUGAAACUUUUCAGUGCCUUCUCAGGAAGUUCUGAUCCAGACAAUCUUAUAGUCCACUCACGGCCACGGCAAAAGAAGCCCCACAGUGUCCCUAAUGGGGUACCAGCUUGCACUUCCAAACUGGCUAAGUCUCUUCCGACCUCACCUUCAGACUUCUGCCCGCCACGCUCACGUGUGUCUGAGCACAGUCCCGUCAGUGCGCUGACUGUGACUCCUGAAGAAACCAAACCGAAUGAGGUUGGAAGAGAAAGUACGGACCAGAAGUGGAGCGUGGUGUCCAGACCCAGCUCCCGGGAGGGUUGCUACGGUGGAUGCUCCUCGGCCUACACAAGCUCCCACGUGGAACGAGAUGACUUACCAUAGGUGCACGGGCUGCAGCGCUGUCCUGGAGUGCAUGAGAGGAAUUGACACGGGGUGUAGCAUAAAGUCAGUCAUCUACCGUAAGAUGUCGGAGUUGUUUGUUUGGACUUCCCAGUCUUUCCCCAAAGAGCUGAAACGCUUUAGAGGAUGCGAAAGCUUUGCCUGUGUGUUAGUAACAGAAGCAUCUGGCUCUGUGAAUAAAGGAAUGUAUGGUGUUUGGUGGGAAACAAAAGCACUAGAAUGAUUUCCUCUUCCAGGUACUGAGAAUAGCACUUUUAGGGACUGAUUCUUGUAAACAUUAAAUUUUUGUCCCAAGUAUGGUUGGCAUUGGAAGUUUAGUCUUUACUUGAAUGUACACUGUAGAUUUUUAACAAAGCAGUUCUAUAUUUAUUAUGUUUAGUGUGAUUUUGGGAUUACCUCUUUCAUAUGUUUUGUCUGUACAUAAAUAUACAUGACUAUGUUAAGAGGCUUUAAGGUUUAAAAAUUUCACACCAUGCUCGAGUAUAGCAUUUCAUGCCAAUUAAAAUGUUUUCAGUGGCAUGGUGUUUACAGAUGUGUUAGGACCACUGCCACAUGACAGUUAAGAUUUUAUUUUUAAGCCAUUUGGGCAAUAAAAAUUCAAAGCCACUUCAUAAGCUGAGUUCAGAUAGCUAAAACUACUAACAUUACAUUUUUGAGAUUUAUAAAGCAUUAUAUUUUAUUUUAUAUGUGACUGUUAUAAUUUCUAAGAGGAAUGUGGAUUAUGAAGCAAUGGGGGAAAGACAGAAGUAUCUGACUAAUAGUGCAAGAGCAUUGGGUUAAGGGACAGGUGAUGAGGAUAUGGGAGACCUGGGUGGUGAUCUUUUCCUUACCAACGGUGCGGUGCGGCGAUCUCUGUACCGCCAGGGCUUUCUAUCAUUGCCAAUACUUUUGUAAUUAAAGAGAUUUUCAACUACAUACCACUACUAAAGUAAGACAGUGUAAAACUUUGGCUUUUGUAAUUGACACUCUGGACACUGGCGUGUCGUUCAUUUCUAGAACAAUCGUAGGCUCUUUUCUGUUUCUGCUGCAUGUUUCUUCAUGAGAAGUAUGUUACUAUUGACAGUAAUGACACUGACAGUGACUGUAGACGUAGGCCCAGACUUCUCCUGGGUGGAUUUUCAUCCAGCAGCUUUUAAGUGCCUCGCCCUGCUCGUCUCUGCACAUAGCCGCCGACACAAGCCCUCGCUUAAUGACGCAGAUAGUCCGUCUGCCUUUCUCUCCCCUUGCCCUGCUAUGACUGUUGCAUUAAAUUCAUCAUGCUGCCAAAAGACAA